UAUAAAAGACGUUACAUAUGUCGCAAUAUCUCACAAGGAGUUUAGCAUUAGACAUUGACACUAGUGAAACAGGUCUCCACACACAAGAUGAUUAAGCUGAUCCUGUUUACAACACUUGCUGCCGUUGUCGUCGCAAAAAAUUCCUACGUUGUACUAUGUCCGACAACAAUUCGUCCCGGGUUGGAUUUUGAAGUCAACGUCAACAUUUUGAAAUCCACUGGUAUUGUUAACGUAACACUAGAACUCAUCAAAACGUGGUCCAAUACAGCCGUGGCAUCAGCGGUCGGCAAUGUUCCUGAAGGACAUCCAAUGGGCAUAACUCUGAAGAUACCAGCCAACCUUAAGUCUGAACAGUACAAACUGAAAGCGACCGGAAGUGGGGGUCUGACCUUCACCGACGAAACCACUGUGCGGUUCAACAGUAAAAGCGUGUCUCUCUUCAUACAGACCGACAAAGCCAUGUACAAACCCGGACAAACAGUUCAUUUUCGAACAUUUGGUAUUUAUCCCAAUCUUCGUCUGUAUACUGGAAAGAUGACCAUUGAAAUAUUUGACAGCAAAUCAAACAAGAUAAAACAGUGGACGAACGUUCAGCCAACUGGUGGUGUUUACACGAAUUAUAUAGAGAUCACCGAUCAACCCAUCAUGGGCGACUGGAAGGUCAAGGUCAUUGCCGGG